AUGAGAUCCAAGCUGGAGGAACAAACAGCUACAGGUAAACAGGAACACACAGGAACAGGUAAACAGGUGAUACUGGAGGUCAGGGACAGACGGAGCGUUACCGAGGAGACGAGGAUAAAAGCAGGCAGGGUUGAAACCAGAGACUCAGAGCUGAAGUCAUCCAAUGAGAACGUGUCCCUGGGGAGCUCAGCCAAUCAGAGGCCUCCGUGUCUCCUGGCCAUGUGUGAGGAGGAAUGUGAGCUCACCACAGAAGAAGAAAAACCAACAGAAGAGGAGAUUUAUGGGAACUGGACUCUUCCACUUAACACUUCACACAUCUGGCAGCCCCGUAUGAGAGAGAUCCAGGGGGCGAUCAUCGUGUCCAGUGCGGUGGAGCUUGUGAUUGGUCUGUGUGGGUUGCCGGGGUUACUGCUGGAGUACAUCGGUCCUCUCACCAUCACUCCCACUGUGUCUCUGAUUGGUCUGUCGGUGUUCAACACGGCUGCAGACCGAGCCGGGACCCACUGGGGGGUUUCUGCACUGUGUAUUUUGCUCAUUGUGCUUUUUGCUCAGUACCUGAGGACGACAUCACUUCCUGUUCCUGUUUACAGCAAAAAGAAAGGGCUGACCUCCACCAGGAUCCAGAUCUUCAAGAUGUUUCCUAUCAUCCUCGCCAUCAUGCUGGUCUGGUUGCUCUGUUACAUCCUCACGCUGACCAACCUGUUGCCUAGCGACCCCGAACGUUACGGACACAAAGCCCGCACCGACGCUCGCGGUGACAUCAUGACCUCAUCACCCUGGUUCAGGAUGCCCUACCCCUGCCAGUGGGGGUUGCCGGUGGUGACGGUUGCCGGGGUGUUGGGGAUGAUGAGCGCCACCAUGGCCGGCAUCGUGGAGUCGAUUGGUGAUUAUUACGCCUGCGCCCGUCUGUCAGGAGCCGCGCCCCCCCCGGUCCACGCCAUCAACAGAGGAAUCUUCACUGAAGGUUUCUGCUGCAUCAUCGCCGGCCUUUUAGGGACAGGAAACGGCUCCACUUCCUCCAGCCCAAAUAUCGGUGUUCUGGGUAUCACUAAGGUGGGCAGCAGGCGGGUGGUGCAGUACGGAGCUGGUAUCAUGUUCCUGUUGGGAUCCGUCGGGAAGUUCACGGCUCUGUUCGCCUCGCUGCCGGAUCCCAUCCUCGGAGGACUGUUCUGCACCCUGUUCGGUAUGAUCACAGCUGUGGGACUCUCCAACCUUCAGCUCGUCGAUUUGAACUCAUCGAGGAAUCUUUUCGUUCUCGGCUUCUCGAUGUUCUUCGGUCUCACGCUGCCGUCGUACCUGGACUCACACCCCCACUCCAUCAGCACAGGUGUCGCAGAGCUGGAUCAGAUCCUGACGGUUCUUCUGUCCACUGAGAUGUUUGUUGGAGGUUUUCUUGCUUUCUGCCUCGACAACACGAUACCAGGAACUCGGCAGGAGCGCGGUCUGGUGGAGUGGAAAUCUUCCUCCUCGUCUUCCUCCUCGUACGACUUCCCUGUGGGGAUGGGCGUGGUGAGGAGGACUCGCUGGCUGCAGCGUCUUCCCAUCAGCCCCUCCUUCAGGGGCUGGAAGGCAUCUGAUGACCUGCCCCCCCCUGAGGAGGAAGAGGAGGAGGAGCGAGGAAGAGGAGGAGGGGAGGAUGAAGAGGAAGAGGAAGCUGCUGACAUCAGUACCAAGAAUGACACAGGUGAAAUAUUAAAGGCACUGAAAAUAAACUGGGAACCAGUACAGACGCCUGGGAACCAGAACAGACGCCUGGGAACCAGAACAGACGCCUGUGAACCAGUACAGACGCCUGGGAACCAGAACAGACGCCUGGGAACCAGAACAGACGCCUGGGAACCAGAACAGACGCCUUCGGAACCAGUACAGACGCCUGUGAACCAGUACAGACGCCUGGGAACCAGUACAGACGCCUGGGAACCAGUACAGACGCCUGGGAACCAGUACAGACGCCUGGGAACCAGAACAGACGCCUGGGAACCAGAACAGACGCCUGGGAACCAGUACAGACGCCUGGGAACCAGUACAGACGCCUGGGAACCAGAACAGACGCCUGGGAACCAGAACAGACGCCUGGGAACCAGAACAGACGCCUGGGAACCAGAACAGACGCCUUCGGAACCAGUACAGACGCCUGUGAACCAGUACAGACGCCUGGGAACCAACGCCUGGGAACCAGUACAGACGCCUGGGAACCAGUACAGACGCCUGGGAACCAGUACAGACGCCUGGGAACCAGAACAGACGCCUGGGAACCAGAACAGACGCCUGGGAACCAGUAGAGACGCCUGGGAACCAGUACAGACGCCUGGGAACCAGAACAGACGCCUGGGAACCAGUAGAGACGCCUGUGAACCAGUACAGACGCCUGGGAACCAGUACAGACGCCUGGGAACCAGUACAGACGCCUGUGAACCAGAACAGACGCCUGUGAACCAGUACAGACGCCUGUGA